AUGUUGUAUGUCUCUACUCUCUUCUACUCUCUUCUGCUUCUUCACACGCCUCAGUCCACGUUCAAGAUGGAAAAAACUCCGGUGUCUCGUCCACCUGCUGCUCCAACCAAAAACACUUUUGUAUAUGCAUUUUCAGAGGUGGCCAAGUGGCCAGUGGCCUACUUGUGGCUAUCGAAAACAGCUGUCUGCGCUUUUGCGGUGCACCGCUACUGGGCAUACGUCAACAUGGGCGGUCUCUUCUCCACAACAUGCUGCUUGUUCUUGUUGUUGGAACUGGACAUUCUGCUCCUGGUCCUGAUCCGAAACUGCACCAAGAACCGGGCCGUCAAGAAGCAGCAGUUGUCCUUGGCACACGAGGUCAUUGCUCAGAAUCCAGGGAUAGACCUCGAAAAAUGGGACUCGAUUGCUCGUGCCAUGAAUGAUUUGUUGUAUCGGGGACGGUUGUGGCAUACGCGCCAGUGUUUUUUCAAUGGCGCAAACUGCUACGAACAUUUCAGAUCACACAUGUACCUUCCUUUGGUGAAAAGCGAGGGCGGCGACGCGGAGCGCGAUCCUCUACUUCACAGCGCGGCUCGGGUCUAUGAAAAAGACCUUCAAGCAUAUUGGGAGGCCGCCAGCAAUUUGAACACGUCUACUGCUGAAAAGGGGGAAGAUCUCAAACUGCCCAAGCAAGUGUACUGGUCCAAGCUAACGUUUAUUGCCAAGAGGGCGUUGUCGUGGUCAAAUGUUGUUUACUGCAUUUAUUUCUUUUUCUAUCUUGGAGUUGCCGGUGGCCUUUCGUACGCGGCAUUUUGUUAUCUGUUGGCUUACUAUGGCGACAUCCCAGUCACAAUGGCAAAACUUCGAGUGGAACAAAGAUUAACCUUUAUGAAAACCGUGAUGCGUCAAGAGCCUCAAGACGAUACUCAGGAAUGGGAAAGCGUUACCAAAACGAUAAAUGGGUACUUUUCCGACCAAAAAUUGUGGCGCAACCGUGAAUUCUUUUUCGAUGAGAAAGACUGUCAUCGGAUGUUCGAUAUGAUAACAAGAUCCAUUCUUUCGGUCAAGAAAUCCAAAUCAAACACUAUUUUUCCCGAACUUAUUCCCUUCGCAAGGGAGAGUAGAACUGUUUGUGGAUGUAGCGUUGAACAGCAAGUUUAA